GGUUGUGAGGUGACCAGUGUUAACAUCAUGGAAUGUAAGGUCCCAUCCAUUACUGCCCCAAACGUUAACGUCACCGAGACGAGCCCUCUAGAAGUACAUUAUUGGUUCAGCAUGGCCAACGUGACCUCUCUAAGAAACAUUUCCCACAAUGCAACGUUUGGACCAUUGAUGUAUUACCCUGACCCAACUGUGUCACACUUUGAAGAAAGUGACAAAACAAAAACUUACCAGGAUAUGGAGUUACUUUCUAUUCAGGGGCGGUUCCGAAUGCUGAACGUCCUGGUGGCAAGUGUAAAGGUUUUUGUAGGGGAUGAGGUGUGCAGUGAGACCUCGGCAAGCGACUCGGUUAUUUCCUGUAAACCUCCUAGCACUACACCAAAGGGAACAGAUGCCUCCGGCAAAGCACCAGUGACUGUGAUGAUUGGUAAUAUGAGAUCAAUACCUGGCUACUUGCGCUACUUCCUGCCCAGCGAGAACAGCAAACCUAUCACCCUUGGGGUGGUUCUGGGUGUAGUCCUGCCUAUACUGUUUAUUGUGCAUGACCAAAACUACAUUCCUGAUGUUUUGAAAGAUUAUGAGGGGAAGAAGGAAGGAGAGGAGGAACUGAUUGGCAUGGAUAAUAUACCGAUAAAAGUGGAUAUGAAUGGUGGACAAGGUGAUCCAAAUUCAGAUUCAACCCCUUAUAUAAAUGAACUCCUUGGUAAGUUCGAGGAACCUGUUCUCAAACAAAACAUAGCAGCAGCCCUUAUUUCUCGAAAGAAAUUGGAAUUUGGGGAUUUAGUUGGCAAAGGUCACUAUGGAGCUGUUUACAAGGCAGUUUACAGGCACUCAGAUUCUGACAAGCAGACAGACGUCGCUGUGAAAACAUUACAAGCUCGCAGGUGUGAAGCUGAGGCAGUACAACAGUUUCUGCAAGAUGUGGCUAUGGUGCGUGAUUUAUCACACCCACAUCUGCUGCGGGUCGUUGGUGCCACAGUUAGCCCCAGUGAUGAUCCCAUUGUCGUAAUGCCCUUCAUGGCAACAGAAGAUCUGGGCACAUAUGUCCGAGAACCUGCCAAGUGUUUAAAUCUAGCAGAUUUGUUGAUAUACUGUCACCAAAUAGCUGAUGCAAUGUCGUAUCUGGAGAAUCUACGCAUUGUUCAUAGGAAUCUGGCCGCUAGGAACUGUAUAAUUUUAGAAGAAGAUGGAAAGCCAGCAUCAAUUAGGUUGACAGAUUAUGUCGUCACUUCCAGCUUGUUUCCAAAAGAAUUCUACGUAGGAGAGGAUGGAGUGUCUGAUCUUGUCCGAUGGAUGGCACCUGAAGCAGUGGAGAAUUUCACAUUUUCUUCCCAUUCAGAUGUGUGGUCAUAUGGUGUCGUGAUGUGGGAAGUGUUAACGCGAGGAGUGGAACCUUACCCUAACUCACGGCCCGCUGGGGUCAUCACAUUGAUCAAACAAGGAAAAAGGCUUUCUAAGCCAAGACAGUGUCCAGAGAAUGUUUAUCAGAUAAUUCUCACCUGCUGGGCUUUGCCUCCUCAAAAACGACCAACAUUUGUGCAUUUGUUAGAACAGCUCAGCCCUUACGUUGUGGCAGGGGACCAAGAUGGAUGGCUAGAGUCGCAGCCCUUGGCGGCUUCAGUUGACAUAGGGGGCGCUGAUGAAUACAAGGAUCUGUCAGGCUGA